UUGUUUGUUCUGCGGAGGCUCAGUUGGUUUGCACUGUGGUUGUUUCAUCGACUUUGAUGCACGGCCUCAUACGGCGCGUGCAACGGUGUGUACAGAAAGGUGUACGGAGUAGUGCCGUGAGUCGUCAUCGUUACCAAGGCAUGUAGUCUGUGACCCUGUCGCCGCCCUGCAAACUACGCGUUCAUCUGAACCUAGGGAAAUUUCGGCUCAGCGCCAGGGAAAUACGGUUGCUCCGCGCCAGUCAUUCUGCUGCUACGCCGCCAUUCUGACCUCCGCCGUUGUCCCGACGUUUCUCUUGCAGGUUUGGCGCCAUUAAGCCUAACCGGUGUCGGCCAGAUUGUUAGAUCGCCUCGCCGCUUCAAGAACACGGGGUGGGGGGUAAAACCCAAAGGCUUCGUACCAUCGUGUGCGUCCAGAUUUCGCAACGGGCACUGCGACGACUCGACGAUCAGGAAGCGCAGUGGUAUGUCUUGCCGCUCCUGCUGAGACACGGGGUGAAGUGAUCGCAGCGGCCGUGGUGUGUGUGCGUGAGGGAUGAAAACGCAAGAAGGCAGGGAAUCUCCCGGCAGAAGCAGCAAGCGGUCCAUGGCGCGCUACGACGACAGCCCUCGAGGCAAUCACGAUCGGCGGGACCGACGGUCCAACAAGUCGCCGCCGGAGCAUCGGCGCCGGGGCCGCGACACGUCGGCCGACCGGCUGCCGCCGUACGAAGACUACCGUGGUGGCCGCGGUUUCCAGUACAGGGCACUGCUGGCCACAAACCUCAACAACAAGUGCAGCGACGCGCAGAUGCGCGACAACCUGCUGGAAUUAUUCCGGCGCUACGGCGAUAUCCUGGUCAAGCUGUGUCACGAGGGCUCUGAGCGCGUCGCCUACAUCUACUUCCAGUCGUACGAGGAUGCCAAGUCUGCGCUGCACACCAAGCAGCGUGCCACGUGCGCCGAACGGCCCAUCCAACUGGAGCCCCUCCCGCGGAACCGGCAGCGCAGCCAGAGCCCGCCGCCCGAUUACCACCACCACCACCACCCGUCGCCGCCCGUGGGGCCGCGCCGCGGGGUGCGGCUCGAGCACCACCACCGCCUGCAGCCGCCGCCACCGCCGCCGCCGCCGCUGCCGCCUCCGCCUGUGCAGCCCCCGCUGGACAUGCGGCCUAUCGAGCGGCCCAUCGAGCGGCCCUUCCCACCUCGCUUCCGUCGCGACGAGACUAAGAAGGAGAAAUUCCCGAACUACCUGCACCACGUGCCCCCGGAGGACGACGACAAGGCAACGCGCACGCUGUUUGUGGGCAACCUCGAAGUGCCCAUCACGGAGCCCGACCUGCGCCGCAUCUUCGCGCGCUACGGCGUGGUCGAGGACAUCGACAUCAAGCGCCCGCCGCCAGGACAGGGCAACGCGUACGCCUUCAUCAAGUUCGUCAACCUGGACAUGGCGCACCGCGCCAAAGUGGAGAUGUCAGGCCAAUAUAUCGGCAAGUUCCAAUGCAAAAUCGGCUACGGUAAAGCCACACCGUCGACGCGCAUUUGGGUGGGUGGCCUGGGUUCUUGGACCUCCAUGUCGCUGCUCGAGCGAGAGUUUGAUCGAUUCGGCCUCAUCCGUAAGAUUGAGUACGUGAAGGGCGACUCGCACGCCUACAUUCAGUUUGACAGCAUCGACGCCGCAACGUCUGCCUGUCAGCAGAUGCGUGGUGCACCCCUGGGAGGACACGACAAGAGGCUGCGGGUGGACUUCGCUCACCCCGACCCCACUGCGUACGCGGCCUACCCCGGUGCCGCGGAGCCCUUCCGGGCGCCGGCAGAUUAUGCAGACCCCAGCUGGCCAGGCAGAUACGACGACCGGCGCUGGGAAGCGUCCUACGUGUCCGUGCCCCCGCCUCCGGGCAGCUGGCGGCCCCGCAGCCCGCCGAGCCCCUCUGCAUCAGCAAAGCGCGAGAAUGGCACAGCCCAGAGUGCCACAACCUUGCAGGAACUGGCAUGUGGGCGCACAGUAUGGCAGGGGCUGCUGGUGCUCAAGAGCAAUGCUUUUCCUGCACGCAUGGUCCUUUGCACUCCAGAGCCAACCAUAACCAUGCUGGGCAGCGACCAGACGCUCCGGAUUACCCAACGGCUGCGACUAGAUGCUGGCAAGCUGGCGGAAGUGGAGCGGCGGUUAGCGCAAGGCCUGUGUUCCAUCCUGGUGGCUCUGGGUCGUGACAGUGGAAGCCAAGAAGCCAGUCAGCCAGUGCUCCAGAACCUGGUGAGCUACCUCAAGCAGAAGAAUGCAGCAGGCGUCAUAACUGUGCCCAAGGGCAUCGUGUACGCCUUUCCACCGUGUGACUUUGCCCUCAAGGUGUUGCACACUGCUUGCCCAAACAUAAAGCUCUUGGACGAGGACCACAUCUUGGUGGUUGCCGCACCAAACCCCGACAAGUAGGGCCUCCCCCCCUCCCCUCCCCCAGUCACCCAUUUUUUUCUCUGCUGAAUAUAUAAAAUAAACGCUCCCAUUUGUGGUGGAA